AUGGUAGAUCAGAUCUACAAUAAACUAGCAAAGGAUGAGCCAGUGGAACCCCCUCAAAUUGCAUUACUUCUUAGUAUCUUUGCCAGUACCACAUACUCUUGGACAUCUCUCGACUUGACUGCUCACCCUGGCCUUUUUGAGAACGUCGAAGAGGCGAAUGCCCAGUCGCCGCUGUGGGUGAAAGGCUGUCUUGACCUGGUGGAUCGCGCGGGCCGGUGUGCUUCUCGAUCAGUAGAGAAUAUCCAGGCAAUGAUUAUUGCUUUUUUCAUGCUCGUCAAUUUUGAGGGCAUAACUCUUCGAUACACUUCUUUGCUCAACCAAGCCAUUUCAAUGGCGCGCGAUCUCGGUUUUCAUCGCCUGGAUCACUCACACCCUAUAGCGAAUACCGCGAGACCAACACCGGGCACCGUUGCAGAGGAAAUUGGUCGCAGGAUAUGGUGGUAUUUGUCGGCUACAGACUGGAUGUCCAGGUACGCAAGCCCACACGAAGGCAUAUAUACUAUAAUUCCACACCAGAUCACCACUCGCAAACCAUUUAACGCGAACGAUGAUGACCUAUUCGAUGGAAUGCCAAACAGCAUCAACAAACCGCUUUGUGAGCCGACUGAAAUGUCCUACUUUCUUCAACGGAUUCGACUGGGUGAGCUCUGUCGGGAGCUCUGCGACCGCAUGCCAGUAGACGCCAUGCCGGGAGAGCCAGCCUCUCAUGCCCAAGUACUAGAAGUUGACGCCAAAUUCAACAAGUUCAUGAUGGGUAUUCCUGUGUUUUUCCGACUUAGUUCUUCGGAGAAUAGCCCGGAGUUGACUCCCGGAAUAAUCAUUCAACGAUAUAUUCUAAAUUCUCUACUACAUUCACACCGCUGCAAAAUGCACUUGCCUUACAUUACUAGCAAAUACGCAAAUUCCGCAAGUUAUGCAUACUCCCGCAAGACAUGUCUAGAUGCGGCGAGACAGAUCAUCCGGACAGAGCGCCUGCUUGAGCGAGAAGCCGUGGCUUUCGUGCACACUCGCUUUCGCAUAUCAGGUGUUUUGCAGUCCGUUUUCAUCGCCAAUAUUGCCUUUUUGCUCGACCUUUGCUUUCAUAGUGAUCACGGAGAAUACGAUCCAAUUCGAAAGGCAGAGCUAUUGGACGCAUGCAGCAUUCUCGAGGAUGCCUGGAAUCAGUCACCCAUGAUUUCUGGGUUAAUUGAGUCUCUAAAUAGUGUGGCACGUAAGUACAAGCUUCCGCUACCAUUUAUGGCCAACAUAGAUCGUUCUUCUACUGCCAAUUCCUCUACUCUAUCCACCGCAAUGUCAGGCCUGGGGUUCACGCCGUCUCACGUUGCCGAUGUGAAUGCACCCUCUUCGACCAAUAUUACUGCUUCUUCUAAUAAUGACCUUUCAUCGGUUCCUGGACCUGCUCAAGUCAAUCUCGACAUGCCUUUUUUUGACUGGGAAAGUUUCAGUGCCGAGAUGGAGGUUGACUCGCUAGAUUGGAAUGCACUGUUGAAUGAGCUAGAUUCCCAGUAUUUUGCUAGCUCUAUGCCUUCUACUAGAUGA